AUGAUGCUGGAAGCUCUCACCGGGAAUACCAACUAUGCCGCUUGUGUCGCCAUAGUCGUAGCGGUGCUCGUCGUAACAUACAAGAAAUUCUCGCUAGCGCACAGGAAGGGCAUCCAGCUUCCACCUGGACCUCCCGCCCGUUGGUUCUGGAGAAACGCUUUGCCUACUGUGAACAUUGCCUGUACGCUGACCGACUUGGUUCGAGAGUAUGGGCCGGUUGUGUCGUUCCGACAAGGUAGCAAAGUGAUAAUCGUCAUCGGCGGCGUGGAGGCAGCCGAAGACAUCAUGGAGAAAGAAGGUGCAUCACUGGUAGAUCGACCUCGGUCCAUUGCCGCGGGUGAAAUGCUCUCAAAUGGAAUGAGCCUCACCAUGGCCGGCGCCGGAGAACGCUUCAGGCGCCUCCGAAAAGCAAUACAUCCUCAUUUACAGCCAAAGGCAGCAGAGGCAUACCAAGAUAUGCUGCACGAGAACGCGAUGGAUUUUAUAUUGGAUGUACUGAAUGACCCAACAAACUAUGAAAAGCACACACAGCGGUUUGCAUCAUCAAUCGUUCUUCGGGUGACUUAUGGGAAGUCUGCGCCCACUGCCAUCGCCAAUCCCGAAUUUGUUCGUCUCUGCAGAGUCGUUGACAAUUUCCAGUCUGUAAUUCGCCCAGGAGCUUAUCUUGUCGAUCGGGUUCCCCUUUUGCGCUACUUGCCUGGUUACGGAAAACAAAUUUACAAGUGGCACAAUGAAGAGCUUGAGUUAUUUAGGUAUCAUCUAAGGCGCGUCAAGAGUGAAGUGGAUGAAAACAAAGCUGACCCCUCUUUGACGAAGGCAUUGUUGGAGAACACCGAAGAACACCAACUCUCUACGGAUGAGAUGGCGUAUCUCGCCGGAACACUCUUUGGGGCGGGAUUUGAUACGGCAAGCGAUGCAACUUAUUAUCGUUAUUGCAAUUACCACUAUUAUUAUGGCUGUGGCGUGCCACCCACUCGCCCAGGCAAAGCGCCGACAUUUAAUGACUCAAGCUCGCUCCCUCAAUUGCACGCGUUCAUAUUGGAAGCUUUGAGAUGGAGACCUGUCGUUCAGAUAGGAUUUCCCCACCGUGCAACCAAGGAUGUUUUGUGGAAAGGACACUGUAUUCCCAAAGGAGCAACGGUCUACGGCUGCCAUUGGGCUCUUUCUCGCGAUCCUAUCGCCUUCCCAGAUCCUGAAAUAUUCAAUCCCCAGCGUUGGUUUGAUUCAGAAGGCCGCCUUAAGGACAAUAAUGCGAGGUUCAUCACGUAUGGCUUUGGUAGACGUGUAUGUCCUGGCCUGCACUUCACAAAUCACGCGUUGUACAUUAUCACCGCACUUCUCAUGUGGUCUUUCCGCAUUGCUCAACGACCUGACGCACCGAUCAACACGUACGCUUUCAGUGACCGCGUCACUCCCCAUGCAGAGCCAUUUGAAAUCAACGUCAUUCCCCGGGUAGAGGUCGCGAAGCUGAGAGCGGCCAUGGCAGGCUGA